AUUCACGGACUGUAGGAGUUUCCGCUAGCAUGUGUGCCGACAGAGAGUAGGCCCACUGCUGGCCGCCGAGGAGGGGAGGAAAAGCGUGUUUACACAGACGGCUAACUGCCUGGGGAAUCAUAGGGGAGAGGAAGUCAGCCGGCUCUGUGUCUGCCUGCUCCAACUUCCUGCUCAGAACGAGAAAAAAGCCCAGGAUCUGAUUUCAGUCCAGCACAACCGUGCAGACCAGGAGUCAGCAUGGAAAAACAAGGGAUCACACAGGCUUCGACGUAAAGUUUCGCGGAGUGAAGAGACCCAGCCGGAGAUCGCAGGUAUGGACAGCGCAAUCACUCUGUGGCAGUUCCUGCUGCAGCUGCUGCUCGACCAGAGUCACAAGCACCUGAUCUGCUGGACGUCCACGGACGGCGAGUUCAAGCUCCUCAAGUCGGAGGAGGUGGCCAAGCUGUGGGGGCUGCGCAAGAACAAGACCAACAUGAAUUACGACAAGCUGAGCAGAGCCCUGCGCUACUACUACGACAAGAACAUCAUCAAAAAGGUGAUUGGCCAGAAGUUUGUCUAUAAGUUUGUGUCCUUCCCUGAGAUCCUGAAGAUGGACCCGCAGGCGGUGGAGAUGGGCUUAGCCUCUGGAAGGUUUCCUCUCCAAGAAGGCGAGGUCCCGGAGCUGGAAGCAGAAACGGAAGAAGAGGAGGAUAGUGAGGAGGAGGCCCAGAGGAGGACCCUCGCAGCCUUAGGGGCACAGCAGUGCCAGAGGGAUUACCUCCACUCAGGUCUUUACUCGUCCUUCAGCAUCAGCUCCUUGCAGAGGAGCCUACGCGAGCAUCAAGAGGUGCCGCGCUCCGUCAUCCGCUUCGGCACCAACCCCAGCGGGAAGAUCUCCCCUCCCUCCAUCAAGUCGGAAUCCUACGUCUCACCCAGGGCAUCCAGACUCCCCUCACAUUCCCACUCCCCAACCUCCCCGUUGCACACCCAGCGCAGGCGAAGCUGGAGCCCCUCUGCUGAGGAAGAGGACGAGGAGGACCAGAACGCUCAGCCCCUCAAUCUCUCCUCAGGGCACAGGGAGCGAGCCUUGCAGCCUCCUGAAAAUAGGAGCAGCAGUGGAAGGAGUAGCUCCACAAACAGCAGCGGUGAGCAAGGAGAUGGACUCCCACCCAAAAGCAAAAAGCCCAAAGCUCUGGAGAUCUCCACCCCGUCCCUGCUGCUGGCAGGAAGUGACAUCGGCUCCAUCGCCCUCAACAGCCCGGCUCUGCCGUCCGGCUCCCUCACACCUGCCUUCUUCACCGCACAGACUCCGUCGGGUUUGCUGCUGGCUCACAGUCCGCUGCUGUCGGGGAUCCACUUCUGGAGCAGCCUGAGCCCCGUGGCCCCUCUCAGCCCCGCCCGGCUGCAGGGCCACGGUUCGCUCUUCCAGUUCCCCAGCCUAAUCAACGGACACAUGCCUGUCCCCCUCCCAAACCUGGAAGGAACACCCUCCUCCCUGCUCCUGGCCCCCGCCACCCACAAAUCCUGAUCCAGGCUCUGCGACACAACCUCCGAGCAUCAUCGUCAUCUGCGGACGAGUUCAUGUUCAGAUUCUGCUUAGAAAUAAAUAGAUAAAGAGACGUGACCUCACUCCUUUUUGCACUUGAGUUGCUCCAGAUUGCAGUUGUUGAAAGCACUUGGUAAAAGCCAUACAGCACGACGUCUCAGAGACGUCUGUGGUAAAGGAAGAGCACAUUUUAUACAGGCUCCUUCUCUGCAGAAAUUCGUUUUUUAAUCUUGUACAAACAUUUUCUUUUCUCUUUACAAUGUGAAACUGCUGGUUUCACUAAUGUUGUAAUGUAAUGUAUGCACUAUGCUUUCCAGAUAGUACCAGCUGUGCCUUAUUGUCUUUUUUUUUUUUUUUUUUUUUUUGCUUUAUUACAAAAUCUUUUUAAUGAAGACGAGAUUUCUAAUCAAUAAAACCUUUUGUAACAGUUAUGUACUUUUUUUAUACUGGAGUUGGCCAACAGUUAUGCAUUAUGUAUAUGUUUUGUAUUGUAAAAAUGUCAUUUCCAAAUAAAUGAGGCAUUGAAUGCG